GUUUUUUUAAAUCUUCAGUUAGAUUAUAACUUUUUUUGAUAAUUGCACUCUUUUAUUAUUACUUUAAAUUUUUCCCAUUUGCAUAAAAUUCUGGGUAUAAUUGUCUAAAAUAGAUAAAUAUAAAUGUUAAUAUACCUUAUUCAUCUUAUCAGGGUUUAUAUUAUUAAGAUUAAAGGUUAAUGCUAUGGAAAGAUGUUACUGAAUUGCUUGCUCUUCAGUAUUAUGUUUGUUGAUUAAACAACACUCCAGUUUCUUCUUUAUUCUGCUCUAUCAUUGUUAAGGAACCAGGAUGUCUGAAGGGCAGCAACCACGUAAGGGUAGGGCGAGGGGGAGGGCUAGGGGUAGAGCCCGUGGAGUUCCUACAGCUUCACAGCAGCCUCAACAGCAACCUACUUCACCUCAACAGACCACACCAUCUCAAUAUCAGCUACCUAGCCCAUCUUCUCAGCGACUUCCUAUUCUUCCUCAGCCACAGCAGCAAGCUAGAAGUCCUGGUAGUGCCUGGGGUUAUGUUCCUCAACAAAUGCAACCUGGUACUAGUGGUGUUCAACAGAUAAGACAGCAGCAAGUGCAGCAGCAAGGAGAGCGACGGCCACAAGAGCAGGGGGCAUGCGCCAUAGACCCUAACCUAAAAGAUGUAGCUGGAACCUUUAAAAAGCUGUCUGUUUCUGAACCCAAGGAUAAACGUGUUGCACGUAAAGGAAUUUUGAGAGGAAAAAUUUCAGCCGAACAAAACCUAGAACAGAAAACAAGGCCUGAAACUUUAUAUGUUAAAAAAGGUACUAGUGGAAAACCGAUUAAUCUAAUAACUAACCACUUCAGAUUGACCAAAACAACUGAUUGGUCUUUAUAUCAAUAUCAUGUGGAUAUGAAUCCCAAUGAAGAGAAAACAUGGGUUCGUAAAGGUCUAUUAGCGGUUCAUAGGGAAGCGCUAGGAAAUGCUUAUUUAUUUGAUGGAACAAUGCUGUUUGUCCGUAAUAGGCUGCAUAGCCCACAGAAUACUGAAUUAACAUUUUUUUCUCCUAGAUCGAAAGAUCAAACAAAAAUUGCCAUAACUGUAAAAUUUACUAAUGAGCUACGAAUUGGAGAUUAUCAAUAUAUUCAAUUAUUCAAUAUUAUGCUUCGCAACAGCCUAGGCGACAUGGGUUUAAAGCUUGUAGGGCGUCAAUAUUUUAACCUUGACGAGUCGGAAGAACUGCCAGAAGCAAAAAUUAAGAUUUUCCCUGGCUUUAAUACUUCAAUUCUUCAAUAUGAAGACCACAUUAUGAUGUGCCUGGAUGUUUCUCAUAAAGUCUUAAGGACUGAUACUGUUUUGGAAUUCUUUAAUGAAUGUUGUCGAAGAUAUGGCGUUGAUGAAGGAACAGAGAAAUUCACGGACACCGUACUUAAAUCUAUAGUUUUUACAUUGUAUAACAAUAGACCUUAUCAAGUUGAUGGGAUUUGUUUUGAUAAAUCACCUCGUGACUCAUUUUCGUACAAAGGAAGUACUAAAACAUACAUUGCUUACUAUGCAGAAAAUCACUUUAGGACAAUAACCGACUACAAUCAGUUUUUGCUUUUAUCAAAGCCCAAAGCGAAAGACGUGAGGGGUGGAAGGAUUGAAGAUAUUUAUUUAAUUCCUGAACUUUGCCUAAUGACUGGUCUUAGUGAUGAGAUGAGGAGUAAUUUCAACUUAAUGACUGCAGUUGCAACAUGUACUCGUGUACCACCUAACAAACGAGUUAGAAGUUAUUAUAGGUUUAUUAACAAGCUAUAUGGAUGUCCUGAGGUUGUUGAAAGACUUAAUUUUUGGAAUAUCCAAUUCUCUCGAUCGUUGGAAUCUAUCCCAGCCCGAGUUUUAAAUCCCGAGAUUUUGUAUAUGGGACGUAAUUCCGACGAAGAACCUACCAUAACUCCCUCGGCGGAGGAAGGAGAUUGGUUUCGUUCUAUUCGUUCACAUAAAAUGUUUUCAAGUGUGCCGUUGAAGAAAUGGGUAUUAAUAGCUUCAAAAAACGCAACUGCUAAUGUGAAGAUGAGGGGUGAACCAAUAAAGAAUUUUUUAAGUGUUCUCAAAAAUGCAGCCGACAGUUUGAAUUAUAAGAUAGAUUCUAAUCCUGUUUUGUAUAUUACUAGAGGUGAAACGAUAGCCCACUAUUUAGACGAAAUUCAAAAAGCUACGAGUAGAGGUGGUGUCGAUCUUGUUAUGUGCCUUAUAAAUGUAAAUAGGGCUGACUUGUAUGCUGCCAUUAAAAAAAGAUGUUGCUGCGAUAGUCCAAUACCAUCUCAGGUGAUAGCAACUAAAACACUAGGGCAUAAAAGUCUGCUCUCAAUUUGCACAAAAAUUGUUAUUCAGAUGAACUGUAAGCUGGGUGGGAGUCCAUGGUAUACUUCACUCCCAUUUAAAAGAAACGUGGAAACGUCUGAUGGUACCGGAAAAACUGAAGUGGUGAGUAAAUACUUGUAUACAGCUUAUUUGUUGUUUAUAGAAAAAUGAUCUCUUAUUACAAAUGCAUAAUUUUUUUUGUAGAAUAAAAGUAAUUUUUAUUUAAAUUUUAUAAAUAAUCGUUUAACCCUAAAAUUGUGAAAUGUUUACAGCCAGCUGCCUCUUUGGUAGUAGGGUUUGAUGUAUGUCACGAUACAAGAGCAAAGAAUAAAUCGGUGGGUGCCAUGGUAGCCUCCCUUGAUUAUUAUUUCUCAAAAUUUUACUCUGCCAUCAGUAGGCACACUUCAGGACAGGAGUUGUCAGAUGACAUUGCACUCCAUAUAUAUCAUGCAGUCAUAGAAUUUAAUAAAAUCAACAGCUAUUUACCCCCAAAAAUAAUCUUGUUUAGAGAUGGGGUUGGUGAAUCAAAUAUUGGAUAUGUUAUCGAGCAUGAGGUUAAGGCAAUAGAGAAACGACUUAAAACAAGCUUUCCUCAAAAAACGCCAAUGUUGACUGUUAUUAUUGUAUCAAAACGUAUCCAGACAAGGUUAUUCAGAGAAUUAACGAAAAAAGAGUUUACUGAUAAAAAAGUUCCAAUCCUAAAUGAUGGUAUACCAAACUAUACUAACCCUAAUCCUGGGACUGUCGUAGAUGAUGUUGUCACUCGACCGGAUAAGUAAGUUGAUU